GCUGCUGUCGCCAACGCUAGUGUUGAUGCCCACGACAUUGGUGUUGCGGCUCCGCGACCCGGCUGUGCACCCCGUGGGUCAUGGUGCUGGGUCGCGGGCCGCGGUGCCUCCGGAGCUUGUCAGUGCUGGGAGCCGCCUGCGCGCGCCGCGGUCUGGGUCAGGUCCUGCCGGGAGCCCUUCUGUAUCACACAGAUUUCAGGAAGAGUCUGACUGUGGAGCAAGACAUGAUGAAGGUUGAGCUACUGCCCGCCCUGACUGACAACUACAUGUACCUGAUCAUUGAUGAGGACACCAAGGAGGCUGCCAUCGUGGACCCGGUGCAACCCCAGAAGGUUAUAGAAACCGUGAAAAAGCACCGUGUAAAGCUGACCACAGUGCUCACCACUCAUCACCACUGGGACCAUGCUGGUGGCAAUGAGAAGCUGGUGAAACUGGAGCCUGGGCUGAAGGUUUACGGAGGUGACGACCGCAUUGGGGCCUUGACGCACAAAGUCACACACCUUACCACACUGCAGGUGGGGUCUCUCAGUGUCAAAUGUCUGUCAACACCCUGCCAUACUUCGGGACACAUCUGUUACUUUGUGAGCAAGCCUGGUAGCUCAGAGCCCUCUGCUGUGUUCACAGGUGACACGCUGUUUGUUGCUGGCUGUGGGAAGUUCUAUGAAGGAACUGCAGAUGAGAUGUACAAGGCUCUGCUCGAGGUCUUGGGCCGGCUCCCAGCAGACACAAAAGUCUACUGUGGCCAUGAAUACACCAUAAACAACCUGAAGUUUGCACGCCACGUGGAACCCAACAAUGCUGCCGUUCAGGAGAAACUGGCCUGGGCCAAGGAGAAAUAUGCCAUCGGGGAGCCUACGGUGCCAUCCACUCUGGCAGAGGAGUUCACCUAUAACCCCUUCAUGAGAGUGAAGGAGAAGACUGUGCAACAGCAUGCUGGGGAGACGGACCCUGUGACCACCAUGAGGGCCAUCCGCAGGGAGAAGGACCAGUUCAAGGUGCCACGGGACUGAGGCACACAAGAACAGGGACUUUUAAGUGACUGUCCUGCUGCUCUUGCAGGAUCUAGUCUGCUUUUAUUUUAAGUUAAUCCAGAGCCCGUAGCUUGUGUUAUCAAAUGUUCUAAUGCAUAUUUAUAAGAGAAAAAGUUAAAAGUAUUUAUUCCCAUACCCCUGCUUAUGGACUGACUCUGCAUUAUCUCUGGCUUUAGAUGUAUAGAGCCCCAGGCUCCUGUGGUCAUCAGGCGUGUAGUUUGCACCUAGUCUCUCAGAGUGGUGCUGGCUCUGGGAGAGGCUGAGUCGGGCUUCCCACCUUGGCUUCCUGGCUCUUCAGGGAGAAGGAUGUCUGGCACUCGCCUUGACUUUCCCUCCCCCUUCCGCCAGCCUCUGUGGUCCAUCCAGACCCAGCCUCUGGGUACUCAGGUCUGAGUGGGCCGAAUGAAGACAACAGACGCAGAUGCCCCGUGACACCAAGGUCCAAGACAGGUGAAGGAAGAAUUUGAGACCGGGGUGCCUAGUCUGACCCCCCAGGGGACAGUUUGCCCUGCCAGUGUGGAUCAUGCUUUGAUCUGUGUUAAGGUCAGCAUCCCUCAACCUGUCAGAGCUGUGUAUCCUGUCCCGCUGUCUGCAUUGCUGGCCUGUAGUUCCUGCUUCCCUUGGGUCUGCUGGGGCUCGUGUCCUUGCAGCUGCCCGCUGUGGUCAGGGUGCAGGUGUUCUAAACUGCAUUACUGGCACACAGGUCCUCUUUAGAGAUGGCGUAGGGUAGAGCUGCUAGUCCUGCCCGAUUUCUCCCCCAGAGGUGGCAUGGAAUGGAACUUGCAGAUUGUCCCCAUGAGUUGUGCAUGUGAUAAGUGUUAGAACCAUGUGUGCUCGGCAAGUCCUGCCAUAGCUCUGAUAGACAUCAUGCUUCCCACCAGCCUCCAAAUAAAUGCAGUAUCUCUCUGUGAGCCUCA